AUGAAGAAACGUGGAAACAACGAAAAUAAAGGUAGUAAGAGUUGUCAUAAUGGAAGGAAUAUAGUGGAGAAGUCGGAUUUGGGAGAUCUAAGCGAUGACGAGAAUCAAGGUUUUGGAAAUUGGAUCCGAUCCAGCACUGGUAUCGAAAUGAUGCGGCUCUUCGUGAUCGCGAAUUCGAUUUUGGUCUUUGUGACUAUAGCUUGGCCGAACAUGAAAGAAUCCUUUUACAUUAUCAAAGAUUAUCUCAUGGGAGAAGAGGAUUAA